GCCAUCAUAUGACGUCCUUCCAUUCUCACCACGCAUGCGCAGCCCAGAGAGCGCCCACAUAGCACUGAUGAUCAGUGUGCCCUGAUGAUCAGUGUGGCUCCAGAAGUGCCACCUGUCAGUGUCCAUCAGUGCCAGCAGUCAGUGCUCGCCAGUGCCCAUCAGUGCCACAUCAAUGCCACAUAUCAGUGCAUACCAGUGCACAUCAAUGCCACAUAUCAGUGCCCAUCUGAGCUGCCUUUCAAUGUCACCCAUCAGUGCCAGUCAGUGCCACCUAUCAAUGCCAAUCAGUGCCAGCCUAUC